UUUCAAUAAAGGGUUGGCCUAUUUAAGAGGUAAAGCUAUAGGAAGAGAACAUAAGCUUAAGGGAGUCCAUAUUGCUUUGGGUCCAGCUAUCGGUCCAAUUGGCUUAAAAGCUGCUGGUGGAAGAAAUUGGGAAACUUUUGGCUCAGAUCCUUAUUUACAAGGAGUUCUUGGUGCUGCAACUGUAGAAGGAAUGCAAGAUGAAGGUGUUGUAGCUACCGCUAGACACUUAAUAGGAUACGAACAAGAGCAUUUUAGACAAGUAGGAGAGUGGGAAGAAAAUGGCUGGGAUUGUCUUGAAUCUGCUAUAAGUUCUAAUAUAGGGGAUCGAGCUAUGCAUGAAAUUUAUCUAUGGCCAUUCGCUGAUUUAGUACGUGCUGGUGUUGGAUCAGUAAUGUGUUCCUUCAAUAAAGUUAAUAAUACUUAUGCCUGCCAAAAUUCAUAUCUUAUAAACUAUCUUUUAAAAGAAGAACUAGGCUUUCAAGGAUUUGUGCUUUCUGAUUGGGGUGCUCAACAUUCCGGAGUUUAUUCAGCAUUGGCAGGUUUGGAUAUGACUAUGCCUGGAGAAAUAUCAGAUGAAUGGUUGACUGGAAAAUCGUACUGGGGACCAUUAUUAACAAGAGCUGUAUACAAUGGAACCUUAAGUCAAGAUAGGCUUAAUGAUAUGGCUAUGAGAAUAUUAGCUCCGUUUUUUUCUAUUGAUACAAUAUCUUUACCUACGGAAGAAGAUGAACCUAAUUUCAGUUCCUGUACUUUCCAUACAUAUGGCCAAGAAUUUGCUUAUCAACAUUUUGGACCAAUUGUACAAAAAAAUUGGCAUCAAGAUUCCCGGUCAGAAUUUAGUGAUAUAACUGCUUUGAGUGUUGCUAGAGAAUCUAUAGUUUUACUUAAAAAUGAUGGGCACAAUCUACCAAUAGCUAAAAUAGAUGGUGUUAGAAGAAUAUUUAUUGCGGGUAUUGCUGCAGGUCCUGAUCCGAAGGGAUUUAACUGUAAAGAUAAAAGAUGUGUUGAUGGUGUUUUAACAUCUGGUUGGGGAUCAUCUGCUGUUAAUGAUCCAUUCGUGAUAACUCCUUACGAAGCUAUCUCCAAAUUGGCUAGAGAGCAAGGUAUGGUAGUUGAUUAUAGCAAUGACGCUUGGGAGUUGGAUCACGUUCAAGAAUUAGCUGAUUAUGCAGAUUUGUCUAUUGUAGUUGUCAGUGCAGAUUCCGGUGAAGGUUACAUCGAAGUAGAUGAGAAUUUUGGCGAUCGCAAAAACUUGUCUUUAUGGCAUAAUGGCGAUAAGCUAAUAGAAACAGUUGCAGAAAAAUGCCGCAAAACGAUUGUCGUGGUAAAUUCAGUUGGUCCUGUGAAUAUGGAAAAAUGGAUAGAAAAUGAAAACGUAGUUGGUGUAUUAUAUGCGCCACCAUUGGGUCAAUUUGUUGGUCAAGCAAUUGCCGAAAUCUUGUUCGGAGUUAUUAAUCCUUCCGGUAAAUUGCCAUUUACAAUAGCAAGAAAAAAGCAACACUAUGUACCUAUAAUUGAUGAAUUAAAUGGUGAAAAGCAUCCACAAGAUAACUUUGAUAGAGAUAUUUACUUGGAUUACAGAUUUUUUGAUAAGCAUAAUAUCAAACCACGUUUCGAAUUUGGAUUUGGGUUAUCUUAUUCAAAAUUUAAGUUAUGCAAUUUAAGAAUAGAUGAAAUCAAUUCUCCUACGGAGUAUUUACCUUAUCCUGAAGAAUAUUUACCCAUUUAUAAAACAGUAGAAGAUGAUGUUUGCGAUCCUGAAGAUGCAUUAUUCCCUCAUGAUGAAUUUGAAGCAGUUCCAGGAUACAUAUACCCCUAUUUAUACAAUGAAAAUGUUCGAUCUAUCGAUGAUGGUGAGACAUUUGAAUACCCAGCUGGAUAUAAUCCAGAUCAGCCAAUUGCACCUCCAUUGUCAGGAGGAGGUUUGGGAGGGAAUCCAGAUUUAUGGCAAGUUUAUUAUAAUGUUAGUGUCGAAGUUAAGAAUGAAGGCAAACACAAAGGUGGCUAUGUUGGCCAGUUAUACAUUGAAUUACCGAGUACUAUUGUUCCUUCACCCCCUAAAAUAUUACGUGGAUUUGAAAAAGUAUUUCUUGAACCUGGUGAAUCUGCAAUUUUAUCAUUUAGUAUAACUCAUAGAGAUUUAAGUAUUUGGGAUACUUAUUCACAACAAUGGAUUAUCCAAACAGGUACUUACAAGAUUUAUGUAUCAAAUUCCAGUAGAAAAGUAGACCUUAGCGGUGAAAUUGAUAUCGGAUGCUAAUGCCGCUAAAAAAAAAGCUAUUGUUUGUAUAUGUAAACUUAAAUCUUUAAUAUAAAGUAGCCCCCUUUUUCAAUUACGAAUAAGGCUCAAAUUUUAAGUAUACAGUAAAAGUAAUGUAUCCUAGUUACCUCGUAUUCAACUACAUAAACUUACUUCUAUUUAAAAG